UCAGAAGUAAUAUUCAAACUUUUAAGUCCGUUGGAGCGCCAAGAAAGAAAAGGUGGAGAUCGAGUACUGUUUUGUAGCGCACGGCAAAAAUAAUUUUAACCUAACCACCGGAUCGGCUCGGAAUAAAAUCCAGAACUGCCCAGACAGAAAACGUCUUGAGCCAUGGAGGAGAGUAAAUCAGUUUUGCAUGAGCUCAAUGUAGAAAUUGGAGUUAAUGAUACAGAAAAGAAAGUUCUGUCACGUUUACCAGUACCAUCUGCCAGGAAGAGGCCGCUGCCUGAAAGCGCGGGUGACACUACUGGCAGUCGGGCAGAAAACCCUGCAAAGAAAGCAUUGUUUGAUAAGCCUGUAGCCACCUCUCAUCCAAUUACAAGAAAAAGACAAGCGAAUAGCACAGUGGGAGUUCGUUCUGCUCCCUUAGCUUCUCAAAGACCUACCGCAAAAAACUUUCAGUUGACAAGUGCCAUGACUGUGGCUGCUGGACCCUCCAAAGUUACUGCAAGAAAGUCUAUUUCCUCAAAGGCCAAGCCAGCUGCAGCAGUUGCUGGUGGAGGCAGUCGCCGGCCAGCAUGGGAUCUUAAAGGAAAGGUGUCUGACAUGCAGAACAAAGUCAGCACCUACCAAGACAAAUUACGUUCCGUGAAUAAAGAAAAUAAAGAAGUUGCGGAACGGCUGCAUCAGAGCAAAAGUGAAGUGACUGAAUUGCGAAUGGAAAAUUCUUCUCUACAUGAUCGACUCAGAAUUUGUGAGGGAAAGCUGCAGCUCAUGACUGAGUUACAGAGAGAGCGGGAUUACCUGGCUGAAGAAAAAAGAAAUUUGAAUUCUAUAAAUGAGUCUUUGAAAGGGGAAGUUAGCAACCUGCAGUCUGUGAAGCUGCUUCUGACAACGCAGUUAGACACUGCAGAGUUGCAUCUUAGAAGCAAAACAGCAGAGCUGUUGGAGAAAGGAGAGCAACUUGAAACGGCUAAACAGGAGAUAGUUAGUCUAAAAUCAAUGCUCUCUGAAGUAUCAGAAAAACUGCAUAAAGGUGAAAUGGACCGAAGGAAGCUUCACAAUCAGAUACUGGAGCUGAAGGGGAACAUAAGAGUGUUUUGCAGAGUACGUCCUCUUCUGUCCAGUGACCACGCUGAUAAAAUAGAACACGUUCAGUUCCCAAAUAAUGAUGAGAAGUCAAUCCUGCUUGCAAGGACUGAAGAGUCGCAUAUUGGCAGAGAUGGAAAAGACCAGCUAAAAUACAACUUCAGCUUUGACCGUGUUUUUCCACCCUACUCCUCACAACAAGAAGUCUUUGAAGAGAUUUCUCUUCUUGUCCAGUCGGCACUUGACGGAUACAAUGUUUGUAUCUUUGCUUAUGGCCAGACAGGAAGUGGAAAGACUUACACCAUGGAAGGCCCAGAUCAACUUCAGGAUGACACCAUGGGGAUGAUACCCCGUGCAGUACAUCAGGUGUUUAAUUCAGCCGAGGAGCUUAAAGACCAAGGAUGGACGUAUAAAUUUACUGCAAGCUUCCUGGAAAUAUACAACGAGACAAUCCGGGAUCUCCUCGUUAACAAAACGGCAAAAAAAAUGGAACAUGAAAUCAAGAGACCUGCUUCUAACUCGACCGCUAUAUACGUUUCUAACCUUAAAUAUUUAAAUGUGGAGACCGUAGAAGAGGUGUUGUCUCUAAUCAAAGUUGCAAAGCAGAAUCGUGCUACAGCCCGUACCAUGAUGAAUGACCAAUCUUCACGCAGCCAUAGUGUGUUCCAGUUAAAGAUUGAAGGGGUCAAUGAGGUGCGAAACAUCACCUGUAAUUCUACUCUGAGCUUAAUUGACCUUGCCGGCAGUGAGAGGAUUGAUAAAUCACAGUCACAAGGAGAUCGGUUAAAGGAAACGAAGGCCAUAAACUGCAGUCUUUCCAACUUGGGGAGUGUCUUCAUUGCUUUGGCAAACAAGGAAAAUUUUGUGCCUUACAGAAAUUCAAAGCUGACUUUCUUAUUGCAGAACUGCUUAGGGGGAAACAGUAAAACGCUGAUGUUUGUGAACAUUUCACCAGAGAAUGACAGCUUUGGUGAAUCUCUCAACUCGCUGAGAUUUGCUAGCAAGGUGAAUGAGUGUGUGAUUGGGACAGCAGUUGCCAACAGAAAAUGAGUCUUCGAUACUUUUUACUUUUGUAAAAUGUGAUUUAUUUUCUAUUUAUGUAGCCAUUUUUGUAUUUUAGAACAUUCUCUUUUGUAUAAAUUUUAUACGUACAAAUGCAGUUGUGUUUUUAUUAGAUUUUAUCGUGCCUUCAAGUCGAGCUUUAUUUGUGCAAUGCAUGUUAUAAAGGUUUGAUUUAUAAUUGUG